AUGUCCUCGGUGAGCUUCUCCCACGUCCACAUCUACUGCGAUGCUUUGAAGGAUUUAGCCGAAUACAAGAAGCUCGAAGAGAAACUAAAUGAGUUUGGCCGGCAGCCCUUGGACAACGUGGCAGCAGGCCGGGAUGCGUGGUUGGCCCUUGCUUCCAGCCAUGGCAAUCCCGUGACGGGCGAGCGAGAUCCGCAGAAAUGGACAGGUCACAAGCAAGAUGUGGUGGAGCAGAUGCUCGUUGGCUUGGGCUGGCGUGUCACUGGUUUCGGCCAGACAGCAUCCACCCGCUCGGUGGCCGUCACCAGCAGCGACAAUGAGGGCGUGAAGUUCGUGAUCACGGCCCACAAGGACAAAAGCAUGGCUGAUUUCGCUUCUGCAGACGGCCACCCUGCAGCCAAGAGGCAGAAGUCGGAGAAGGAGGCCUUUGACCACCUCGGGGAAAGCCACCUGGAACGCUUCUCUCAGCAUCAGGCUGGCCGACAGGGUGUGGCUGUGUUGGGCUUCCAAGUGAACUCCGGGGAGCUGGACGGCAUCGUGGCCAAGUAUGCGGAAAAGCACCCCAAACUUCUCCCACCUGGCAUGCCCAAGGAGUAUCCGGGCGUGCGCAUCCUCGAGGUCUAUGCCUACUACCAGGGCGAGAAAAACACGACGGAGGUGGACUGCGGCACAAUGCUUCGGUUCGUAGAGUGCUCCGACCAGAACGCGGAUCAUUCGGUGCUUCCAGGCAUCGAGAAGGUACCCGCCACCUUCGAUCCGAGCAGCUUGCCGGCCUACUGCGAUCAUUGGGUCAGCAACGUCGUGAGCCGUCGCGGGUUCCUCGACACCUUGGAGGACACCUUGGGCUUCAGCCCCAAAGUGGACUUCAACGCCGGUGUCGUCGCGGCAGGGGAGGCCCAGAUUGAGUCCACCGUCACCGGCAAUGAGCCAGGGACCUUCAUUGCCAACGACCAAAUUGCGCUGAAGGAUCAGAGUCAGGUCUAUCUCCCGAUCAACAACGCGUUGUCCGAAGUGGGCCAUGUCCAUCUCUAUCUCCAAGAAAUCGGUCAGGGCGUGCAGCACAUCGCCUCGCGUGUGGUGGAUCUUCCGGCGUUGGUACAGCGGGCGAACGAUUGGCGCCGGAUGACGGGUGCAGGGGUAUCUUUCUUGUCCAUCCCGAGAUCCUACUACGGCAGCUUAACCCCAAAGUACUUACACAAGGUGGCCGGGCUGGACGAUGCCAUGGCUCAGAAGGUCCUGGCCUCUCUCAAGGCGGCGAGUGUGGUGGAUGCCAGCGACAUUGUCGACUUAGAUGUUAGCAAGGAGAAGAUCAUGGCGGCCUUGCCAGAGGGUUGCGAUGAGGACCUGGUGAUCCACAUCCUGCGGGCCCGCUACGGCAACCUCUAUGCCUUGCUUCGGGACAACAUCGGUGAGGAGACCUACCUUCGCAUCGUUCGGAACAACGUCUUGGUGGAUGUUCAGGGGGAAGACCUCUUGAUGCAGAUCUUCACCUCAAGCAUUCUCCAGAGGGCCCCGGGGGAGGAGGCACCCUUCCUGGAGUUCAUCCAGCGCGUCUGCUCCGAUCGCAAGGAUCCCGUCUCUGGGGAGCCACGACCCAUCAAAGCAGGCUGCGGUGGCUUUGGCAUCCGAAACUUCCUCACCCUCUUCCUUUCCAUCGAAGUUUCGAAGGCCACCAAAGCCCGGGGAGAGGCGGAAGCUGCCGGGAACUUGGGCCUGGCAAACUACUAUGGCAGUAUGGUCGAUGCCUUCACCUCGCAGCUGGAUGAGUCGAACCCAGUGUUGACGGCCAUCUCAGAUGCUAUGACCGCCGAAGGCGAAGCCCUGGAAGCCGGAAACGGCCCCGAAGCAGCCAAGUGGGCAGAGGAGAAGGCGAGAGGACAGCAGAAGCUGCAAGAGAUCAGCAAAAAGUACAAGGAGCACAUGCGAAGCCUCAGGGAAAGAGCCCCAGUAGAGGCAUAG